AUGGAGAAGAGUUUCUUACCAUCAAUUACUGGUGGAUUUAAUGAAAGCAAGUUCCUUGGUUCGGGAAGUUUUGGCUCGGUAUACAAAGGAAUACUUUCAGAUGGGAUGGAAGUUGCAGUAAAAGUUUUCAACUUGGAAUUAGAUGGGGCAUUUAGGAGUUUUGAUGUUGAAUGUGAAGUGAUGGGAAACAUCCUUCAUCGCAAUCUAGUCAAGGUCAUUACUUGUUGUUCUACUGUCGAUUUUAAAGCCUUGGUGCUUGAAUUCAUGCCUAAUGGUAGUCUUGAGAAAUGGCUAUACUCCGACAAUCAUGCUUUGGACAUCCUGCAAAGAGUCAAAAUAAUGAUUGAUGUUCCGUCAGCCUUAGAAUAUCUUCAUUUUGGACGUGUUCUUCCUGUAAUCCAUUGUGACCUGAAACCAAGUAAUGUCUUGUUGGAUGAGGACAUUGUUGCAAAUGUGGGAGAUUUUGGAAUUGCUAAACUAUUGUGA